GCCAUCAUCCUCCGCCGUGUGGGAAGCAGGUGGUGUCGAGACCCGAGUAGGGAGAAGCGCCGGGAGAAGUGACGGGCAGGCGCGCUGGGCAUCGGAGUCGCUGGACUCUGAGGCGGCGACGGCGACCUGACCUGUCCCAGACCCUAAGCCAGUCCCGGUCGCGGCGGGAGUACGCGCCUGCUCGGGGCUCCCCACGCGGCGGCGCCGUCUGUUUACGUUUGCAGAUUUCCAGGGGAGCCCACCAUCGUGUCUAGCAUGGCCUCUGAAGACAUUGCCAAAUUGGCAGAGACGCUAGCCAAAACCCAGGUGGCCGGGGGACAGCUGAGUUUCAAGGGCAAGAGCCUCAAACUCAACACUGCAGAAGACGCCAAGGAUGUGAUUAAAGAGAUUGAAGACUUUGAUGGCUUAGAGGCUCUGCGCCUGGAGGGCAACACGGUGGGCGUGGAAGCAGCUAGGGUCAUCGCCAAGGCCUUGGAGAAGAAGUCGGAGUUGAAGCGAUGCCACUGGAGCGAUAUGUUCACGGGGCGGCUACGGUCUGAGAUCCCACCAGCCCUGAUCUCUCUAGGAGAGGGACUCAUCACAGCCGGGGCCCAGCUGGUGGAGUUGGACCUGAGUGACAAUGCAUUCGGGCCCGAUGGUGUGCGAGGCUUCGAGGCCCUGCUGAAGAGCUCCGCCUGCUUCACCCUACACGAACUCAAGCUCAACAACUGUGGCAUGGGCAUCGGUGGCGGCAAGAUCCUGGCGGCAGCUCUGACUGAGUGUUAUCGGAAAUCCAGUGCCCAAGGCAAGGCGCUGGCCCUGAAAGUCUUCGUGGCUGGCAGAAACCGUCUAGAAAACGACGGAGCCACUGCCUUGGCAGAAGCUUUUGGGGUCAUCGGGACCCUGGAGGAGGUCCACAUGCCACAGAAUGGGAUCAAUCACCCUGGCAUCACUGCCCUGGCCCAGGCUUUCGCCAUCAACCCCCUGCUACGGGUCAUCAACCUGAAUGACAACACCUUCACCGAGAAGGGUGCUGUGGCCAUGGCCAAGACCCUGAAGACCUUGCGGCAGGUGGAGGUAAUCAACUUCGGGGACUGCCUCGUGCGCUCCAAGGGCGCCGUGGCCAUUGCAGACGCCGUCCGCGGGGGCCUGCCCAAGCUGAAGGAGCUGAACUUGUCAUUCUGUGAAAUCAAGAGAGAUGCUGCUCUGGCUGUGGCUGAGGCUGUGGCAGACAAGGCUGAGCUGGAGAAACUGGACCUCAAUGGCAACGCCCUGGGAGAAGAAGGCUGUGAGCAGUUGCAGGAGGUGCUGGACGGCUUCAACAUGGCCAAAGUGUUGGCGUCCCUCAGUGACGACGAGGGUGACGACGAGGAGGAGGAUGAGGAGGACGACGAGGACGAGGAGGAGGAGGAGGAGGGAGAGGAGGAAGGAGAGGAGGAGGAGGAGGAGCCGCGUCAGGGGGGGCAAGGAGAGGAGCCAUCCGCUCCGUCGAGGACGAUCCUGGACCCUAACAGUGGGGAACCAGCGCCCGUGCUGUCCUCCCCACCUCCCGCAGACGUCUCCACCUUUCUGGCUUUCCCCUCUCCUGAGAAGCUGCUGCGCCUGGGCUCCAAGAGUUCCGUGCUAAUAGCCCAGCAGACUGACACAUCUGACCCAGAGAAGGUGGUCUCUGCCUUCCUGAAGGUGUCCUCUGUGUUCAAGGAUGAAGCUGCAGUGCGGACAGCAGUCCAGGAUGCAGUAGAUGCCUUGAUGAAGAAGGCCUUCAGCUCAACCUCCUUCAACCCCAACGCCUUCCUCACCAGGCUUCUCAUCCACAUGGGUCUGCUCAAGAGUGAAGACAAGGUCAAGGCCAUUGCCAACCUGUACGGCCCCCUGAUGGCACUGAACCACAUGGUGCAGCAGGACUACUUCCCCAAGGCCCUGGCCCCCCUGCUGCUGGCAUUCAUGACCAAGCCCAACGGCGCCCUGGAGUCCUGCUCCUUCGCGCGCCACAAUCUGCUGCAGACGCUGUACAAGGUCUAGACUUGGACACCAAGCGGCCUCUCCCCAACCCUCAACUGGACCAGUGACUUGGGAAGGGACUUGGAUGAAGGACUCUGGCCGGAGACAGGGAGGGUCUUUGUCGCGUGUGUCGUGCUGGUCCCCCGAGUUUGUGUGUCGGUGUGGUGUGCGUGCCAGUGUGUGCUUCCUAUCGGGGUUGGGUUUUUAAAGUCUCCCUGCUGGGCUGGCCCUGGUCCACUGGAGGGGAGCUGGCUCCAGGCAAGAGGGCUGUGAGCUGCGAGCUGCUCUGCCAUUAAAUUCACCACCAUCUGAGGGCGCUCUGCUGAUCUGUGCCUCAGGUCGAGGCCUGUGGCUGUUCCCGCCCACUUUGCCCUCCUUACCCUCCUGGGCUGCACCGAGCCUGGGACAUGGCUGUCCCCGUGCUGUCCCCUCCCUCUGCAUUGUGGCUAGGCUGUUUCCCACACUGCCUGGGGCUGCUUGCUCAGCGGCUGCGGCUGCUUCCUGUUACCAGGCCCUGGUCCUGCAGCCACCACAGUCCCCAGCAUCCAUCCUGAUCUGAUCCCUCGGCAUGAGAGACAGAGGCUGCCAUGGGUGGAGUCACAGGGUGGUCAGCAGAGGGCAAGACCCUAGUGCCCAUACCAUGUGGACAGGAUGAGAAGGCAGUGGGCAGACACCAGAGGGUCCUGGAGUAGGCGAUGCCUGGACGGCACUGGCUCUGGACUCAUGGGGCCCUCCCCUGGCUGCUGAGGAGAUGACUGUGACUGGCCUGGGGGCCAAGCUGGAGGGGCACCUGGACAGGCCCAAACCUGUUCUCCAGCCUUGGGGCCAGGGCACGGCCCGCUGCUGCGUGAGCUACAUAUGUGGAGCAUUUAAAGGGCCUGGGGCAGGCGCAGGUGGGGACUGGAUGGACCUGUGAUGCCUGUGAUGCCCUGCAGCCUCCCUCAGCUGCCCUACAGAGCCCUGUGCUUUCCCCUUCAUGCUCUUUGUGUCCGGGCUGUGCCCGAGGCUUCACAAUAAAGUCAUGUGUGACGACA